UUGUCACGUCGACAAGCACUGGGUGGGCAUCAACCACAGCGCCAGUUGUAUUGAUUGUCAAUGCGGGCCCAAUUGUGGCCUAGAAGCCGACGGUCCAACCGAAAACUCUGCAAAGGCCAUGUGACCGCAGUGGAGUGAGCAUGUGCAUGACGCCCGAAAACCUGGCUGUCAAUGCCCUCAAUUGUUUUGUCUGUUUGCACUCUAGCUGUCCAAUCCCUGCCGCAUGAUGGCGGUCCGAUAAAAAGCUUGGCUUGAACAAUCACCAAGCGUGAUCGAUAACCAAGCCACGUGGACCAACCGUGUGACUGCAUAGAAGAAGAAAAAGUUGAAGACGUUGAAAAACGUAGUGCGAAAAGAAAGGUGGACAUCGCAAUGGAAUGGGGAAUUCCUCACUCUUCACUGGCGACCAUAACGAAAAACAAGGAUAAGGUGAUGGAGCAGUUCGAAAACCAGGCAGUCUCUCCAGCGAGAAAGCGCAUGAGAACGGCAGCAUAUCCCGAUGUUGAAGAAGCUCUGUCGAUGUGGUUCAAGGCCGCACGUACACAGAACAUUCCUGUGUCUGGGCCAAUUUUACAGGAAAAGGCCUGGUCCCUUGCCAAGCUGUUGGGCCAUGCUGACUUCGCGUCUAGUGAUGGGUGGCUGUCCUGCUUCAAGGCAAGACACAAUAUCGUCUUCCGAGCAAUUGCUGGAGAGGGGGCUGCAGGCACAUCAGAAAUGACAAAAGAUUGGUUGGAGACCGGUCUUCCUCAAGUCCUGACGGUGUAUGACCCACACAACAUUUUCAACGCCGAUGAAACCGGGCCUUUUUACCGCCUUCUUCCCGACCGCUCGCUAACCUUCAAGGGGGAGACCUAUAAUGGUGGCAAGCAGAGUAAGGAGCGGCUUACCGUGAUGGUGUGCGCCAACAUGGAUGACAGCGAGAAGAUGCCUCUUCUUGUCAUUGGCAAGUCUAAGAAGCCAAGAUGUUUCGCAAAAGUAAAGUCGGUUCCAGCACAACGAAGCCAACAAGACAGCCUGGAUGACGUCAGACAUCUUCAAGGCAUGGGUUCCUAACGUGGACAAACUGUACCGAAACAAGAAACGAAAGAUCACCAUCAUUGUUGACAACUGCCCGGCCCAUCCCCACAUCAAAAGGCUUGAAGAAUGUGAAGCUGGUGUUCCUGCCUCCCAACACUUCCCAGACUUCACCCAAUGGAUCAAGGGGUCAUACAGAACUUGAAAACACACUACCGCUGACAGCUCAUCACAUCUCUACUUGCAGCAGUGGAAAAGAAGGACGAGUACAACCCCACCGUACUGGAUGCUAUGAUUCUCCUCAAGAAAUCAUGGAAAAUGGUCAAGGAAACAACCAUUGCCCACUGCUUUGAACAUGCUGGCUUCAAA